AUGGGUUCAACCGAGGCUCACCAACGCAAACCUCACACCAUGGAAGCGACCGAGCUUCAAAAACACUCCACCAAGCCGCCCACAGAGCCCCGUUUGAAACAUGGAAUUCUGAUGCAACUGCUCCGAUCUUUCUUGCUGGCAACAUGGUUCGAUUGCUGCAUCGUGGUCAUUUUCAUAACCCAGCUUGUUGGUAGCCCGCUGUACCUGAUCAACAAAAGCUGGUAUUACUCGUAUAUGGCGUACACGAAACAAAACUUUGGACUGGUGAUCACCGCACUCACCGAAUGGGGCAGCCCUACACUGUUUCGAGUUAGUGGAGAUGCCAGCGUGCAAGGUCAAAUUCAUUUGUCCGAAGAUGGCAUGUUGCAGACCGAUUUCCCAGAGCGCUUGGUGAUGAUCGCCAACCACCAGAUCUAUACCGACUGGGUAUACCUGUGGUGGAUUUCCUAUACCAAUGUGAUGCAUGGCCGGAUUUUCAUCAUCCUUAAGGACUCCCUCAAAUGGAUUCCCAUAGUUGGCCAGGGCAUGAUGUUCUACGGAUUUAUCUUCCUGGCACGGAAGUGGCUUUCAGACAAGGCCCGAAUUCAUUAUCGGCUCCAAAAAUUGAAGACGAAGUACAUUGGAGCAGAGUCGAAUGGGCCCCAAUAUGACCCCAUGUGGCUGCUGAUCUUUCCCGAAGGAACCAAUCUGUCUAUCAACACUAAGCGGCGGAGUGAUGCAUUUGGAGAGAAACAAGGACUGCCUUCAUUCAAUCACCAAAUUCUCCCCCGGUCAACAGGUCUGUUUUUCUGUCUUCAGCAGCUACGAGGAACAGUAGAGUGGGUUUAUGAUAGCACUAUUGCCUAUGAGGGUCCACCGAAUGGAGUCUAUCCCGACAAGUACUUCACCCUUCGCUCCACAUAUCUCCAAGGACGCCCUCCGACCUCAGUUAAUAUGCAUUGGCGGCGGUUCGCUGUUGCAGACAUUCCUCUGGAUGACCAAACAGCAUUUGAAGAGUGGCUGCGAGCCCGAUGGGUAGAGAAAGAUCGGCUAUUGGACCAAUAUUGGGAGACUGGCCGGUUCCCGUCCGACCUGGCUGGCUCAAUCAAAGCUACAAACGCCACCCCUGAACAGAAGGUAGCUGUCGAUGCUGGUUAUGUCGAGUCUUACGUUCGAUUGCAUCAUUGGAUAGAGCUUGGUCAAAUAUUCAUUGUACUGGUUGGUUUAGUGUUCUUGUACAAGCUUGUGGGCAGUUGGUUCCACUGA